AACUAUUGGAUCUAGACAAGCAAAAGAAAGRCACACAAUCUGUUGCACAAUUURUGWCAAAGCAAAAACAAAAGYAUUGUKCCAACCCAACCAUCUGUUUUCCCAAACGUCCUUGGCUCAGAAAACUGAAGURCUUGUACAACUACCAUGAACACUCCCUGCACGCCUCCCACAAAGUACAACAAGAAAGCUGCGGUUUGUAUCUCGCCAGAGCAAAUGCAAGAGUCCGAAGAAGUGCUCCUCUAUCGAAGMAACGACGGCAAGUCGCAGCUGCGAACGUGCCGCAAACGAGCCGCAACCGUCUUGWCCUCGGACGCAUCCACCGAUGGCUCCGGUGAAUCCUUUGUCACGGACGAUGACGGGGACUCUGUCUCGUCUGGUGAAGCAGCAAGCAGCCGCAAGAAGAACAGAACGACAMGAACCGUCCAGAGACGAAAGGCMACCACCACCGAGAAUCCCUCUCCCAUGCCGACCAAGCUGACCCAGGCGCAGAUCCAUUCCAAGUCGUACACCUUCCCCUACAAGCUCUUUGAUUUGAUGGAACACGCCACMGGGGAGGGCGGCUCUGCCGGCAGCGUCGUCUCUUGGCUGGCCGGCGGGACCACCUUUUGCGUCCACGACCACGCCCGCUUUGCCGCCGAGUUCCUUCCGACGCACUUUGGGCACCACAAYUUCCGGUCCUUCGACCGCCAGCUCAAUUUCUGGGGCUUUGMGGUCCUUUCACCCCGACACAUCAACAACAAGAGCUUUGGAGGGAAAACCUGGCAGCACCCGUUUUUCCAGAAAGACCGGAGGCACCUCCUCGGGUUGGUGGUCCGGAAAACGGUAUCCAAGUCCUCCCCCGGCGGUGCGAAACAAAACAAGCGAAAACCGAAAGGGAAACCGAGGCAGAAACAGACCGUGGCCCGCACSGUYUCCCCCGUCCACACGGCACCAGCCGGCGGUCGCCCCGGCCAAGCCUGGGAUGCCUGUCCAGUGGGGUACGACCCCCGGCAUCACCUCUUGCCCCUCUGUCCGAUCGAGUGGCUGCUGGAAGGGGACGACGGGGACGAUUCCGUGGCGGACGGCGGUGCCGGUGUCCUUCCCCGCACCGAUCUGCCGGUUCCGAGCGGAAGCUGUAGCGAUGACCUCGAUCCCGCCGUAGCCCUCGACCUGAACACGAGCCUCAACACGGUGACGAUGGACGACAGCGACAUGGAAGAGGCAGACCUGUUCCUGAGCAUAUUCGAGGACCACGCGGAGAAGAAGCACAAYCCUCACGGGUCKGGUGGGGCAGAAGAAAGCGACGAGCUGUUUUCCUUUGUCUUUGGCAGCUCUGUCGACACGGACACCAUCCUGCACGCCAUGAACAACUCGGUGAGUGUCUAGAUGCGAUGCACCGAACGGGGCUUGUGGGUUUCGUUUUGCUGGUCGGGGGGGUCUACAGCAAGAACAGCAGCAGGAACAGCAGCAAGAGACUAUAGAUUGCAACAGAGGCACCAGUUUAAUUCGAGGGCAUUUGCAUUUGCAUUUGCAUUGAAUCGGUGCAGCGAUACACUUUUUGAAACAAACAACAUUAGAUUAC